AUGGGAGAUAAUUCCCAAAUUUUUGAGUUAUUUUUUAUUCGCUAUGUUAAUUACUUAAAUAUUUGGUCUGUACAACUAAAUACAGAUAACCUAUACAGUGAAAUUUCUGAUGGAUUAUUAUUGGGAGUACUAUUGAAACACUGGUCUCGUUUGUAUGGGUAUAAUGCUAAUGGAAAUUUAAAUUUAUUUAAACGUCCUCUGUCAAAUAAUCAAGCAUUAGCUAAUAUUGAGAUAUGUAUAAAUUAUAUUAUAAAUCCACCAGAGAAUAGUUAUUUACCACAAUAUAAUAGCUCAAAUGAAUUAAAUAUAAGUCCCAAUGAUAUUUACUUCAAAAAUAAGUUAAAGAUUUUGGGAUUUUGUAAUGAUAUUUUUCAUUUAUAUAUGGCUCCAUAUUUACGCUUAAAAUCCCAAAAAAUUUUGUCAUGGUUUAAUAAAUAUAUUAAUUUGCAUGGUUUAUCAUUAUCUGAAGAAACAAUGAAUGGAUUUUAUCAAUUAAUCCCUAUAAAUGAUGAAUUAAAUAAUAUAAGUAAUUUGAUGUCUGAAAGACUUUCUAGUUGGAAAUUACUUGUAGAAUUUGAACAUAAUGUAAAGGAUAAUAUGGAGAAUUUGAAUAAUUUAGAAUAUUACAAUCCAUUACAAUGUGAUAUUACAUCAGAUGGUUGUAUUUUACUUAUGAUAUUGUUAUAUCAUAUGGGUUGGAUAGAUGUUUCUUUAUUAUGUCAAAUGGUAUAUAUUCCACAGUCAAGACAACACUUUUUGUGGAAUCAUGAAACUAUAUAUUAUACCUUACAAGAAAUAAAAAGACAUCUAGAAUUAAGAAGUGGGAUACUUUUAGAUAUAAUAUCUGAUCAUGUAAAUACUAGUUAUAUGAAUAAUUAUGAUCUCCCAUUUUUGUUAUUACCAUUGUCAUGUUUAUCAAUGGUAAAAUUUUCUCCUUAUAUUAUUAUGUUACAGCUUGAUAUAUUUUAUAAUAUAUUGACUGAAAUAGUAGAAGAAGAUGUUGAAGAUCAUUAUAAUUCGAAUAAUUUACCACUAUAUGGUCCAUACCAUCCAAUAGAUUUACAAUUUUUGGAUGACUUCACAUUUAAAGAUGGUUUUCCUUUAAGUUGGAAUUUAAUUUCAUAUAAAAAUGAAACAGAAAAUUCAAAAUCUGUGGAAAAUAAAGAUAAUAAUGAAGAUUCUAGUGAAAUUAAUUCAAAUAAUUCAAGAGAUAUCCUUGAUAAUAGUGACUCAAGUCAUUAUUGGGAUUCAGAAUAUGAUGAUUAUAAUAAUGAAGUGAUAUAUAAUGACAAUUCUUCAAAAAUACAAAGUGUUGAAACUGAACAGGAUUAUCAAAUUGAUGAUAUUUACAGUGAUAAUACUAGGUAUACAGAUGAAGAUUCCAAUGAAACAUUAUAUGAUAAAACAGAUGAUUAUAUAGACUUUCGUGAUAAAGCUAAUUGUCCUAAAACAAAACCUUUUAUAAAAAAGAAUAUCGAGUCAAUAAGUAAACAAGAUUAUCAAAAUAAUGAAUCCACUGAAAAUAUUCAUUUAUCUAAAAUAUCUCAUAAUGACUCUGUAUCUGUUAAUGAUAUGAUUUCAGGCCUUGAGGUAGAACUAAAAUUACUCAGAGGAUAUGAAGAAGAUAUUAAGUUAGAAUAUUCUCAAGAAAACCGAAAAUAUCUUAAUAAUGAGAUUAAAGAAGAUAUAUCUAAUAAUAUUGAUAUUUCAAAUAAUUCUACGAAUAAUAACCAGAUAAAAGUUGAAGAUAAUUAUUUAUCUAGAAAACUUUCAAAUAAAUCAUUAUUAUCUAGAUCAGGUAUUGAAACUAAUAAACAGGAAAUAUUAGAUAAUAAUAAGGAUGUUGAUACAUUUGGGAUAUUUAAUAUUACAAGAAAAUCAUCUGAUGCAGUUAGUAAAAUUGCAACUGCAAUGAGAGAAAAUGAUCGUUUACUAGAAAAACUGAGGCAAAGUUUAAAUAAAGCAAAUAAUAAUCAAUCUGAAACUAAUGCUCAAAAGAAAGUUACUUUGAUACCUUGCAAAUUAGAAAUUGUUGAAAAUAUACCAGAAACUAAUUCAAAUACUCCAUUAAAUGAAAAUUAUAAUCCAAAUGAAUCAAUAUCUAUAGAAGUUCCUAAAAUAGAUAAUGUUAAUAUUGAACAAAUUAAUAUUAACACCUCUCAAAAAAAGAACAAAAAGACAUCUCGCGUGAGUUUUAGUGAUCUUGUUAUGAUUGAAGUUGAACGAUCAAAAUCUUUGAAAUAG